GCUUUUCACAUCCAGACUGAAGCAGAUGGAGAUGUUUUUUGUCUGCCUCUCUAUGUAUGGUGUUUGUCUGCGCUGUAUCAGCUAGGACGGUGCGGGAGGAUCUCCCCCGCGCUGGUUUUUGUCCUUGCCUCUUGACGGACGAUGGCGGACGACACGGAGGAUGUCGAGCUGGACUUUGCUGCUGAUGAGCAGGAGAGGGCGCGGAGAAGCAGAGUCAUAAGGCACCCCCUCGCCUCCUUUUUCCACCUGUUCUUCCGAGUGGUUGCCAUUGUCGCCUAUUUGCUCUGUGACUGGAUCAGCAAGAACUUUGCAUCAUGUUUUGUCCUGAUCAUCGCUCUGCUUUCUUUUGACUUUUGGUCUGUCAAGAAUGUGACUGGCAGGCUGCUGGUGGGGCUGCGCUGGUGGAAUCAGAUCGACGAGGACGGAAGGAGCCUCUGGGUGUUUGAGGCCAAAAAAACCUCCCAGGGCAACAACACUGGGACAGAGGCAGAGGCGAGGAUAUUUUGGCUGGGUCUAAUCAUCUGUCCUCUCAUUUGGACAUUCUUCUUCUUCACCUCCCUGUUCUCCCUGAAGAUUAAAUGGCUGUCUCUUGUAGUGGCUGGUAUUUCCCUCCAAGUGGCGAACCUCUGUGGUUACCUACGCUGCAAGGCAGUGGGACAAGAUGGCCAGCCGCCAGACUCCCGCUCUUUCCCGGGACAGCACCUCCUGCAGCGUCCAGACAUCAUCUUUGGAAUACUAUGAAGAUUACCUCCUCUGCCUAUAAAGCCACUCUACUGUGGUUGUGUGUGCGUGCGCGCGCGCGCGUGUGUGUGUGUGAGAGAGAGAAAGAGAUACAGAGAGACGCCUCAAGAGUUUCCGCAAACUGCAUCUACUUGAAUGGCUGGGUGCCUUGUGCAUGCCUUUGUUUCAUGC